CUUCCUCAUGUCUGCCAAUGCUUUUGCGAGUUACGUAUAUAAGCUCACUUGUACAGAAUGGCAGCAUAAUAUGAUGCCGCCAACUUGGGUCUCUCAUCUUGAGCCUCCGGAAUUGGGCUUUCUCGACAUUGCUCUUUGCCUUCACCCAUUGUACUCGAAAGUUGACGACUCCAAACUCUCAAUAUGUCCACCAAUGCGAUGAACAAACCAAACCGGAUUGACACUCAGGAUGAAUCUCGCAGGUCUUUCUCAGAGCCUACCAUGAUUCUUUACGACGACUGCGAAGCCCGUAAUCAGGUUGCACUCUCGCGUUAAAUAGACGCCAAUUCCGGAGUCAAGAAAGACGUGCACGCAUUGCACAUCUUUGCUGCGAAGGAGAUGCGUGUUGACUUCACCGACGAUGAGGGUUUUCCGAUAGGAUUCGGGGUCAAACAAUCCUCUAUUUAUCUGACGGAUCUUAGUGCUCUCGUCCGGAAACUUCCUAAUCUCCAUACCUUGCGCCUGGAAGGUGUGCACUGGAAUGGGUGCGGUGAUACAGAGCGCGACAAGAUUGGAACUAACAGCUCUUUCAAACGACUAAUUCUCGUGGACAUGGAACGGUCCAUCAGUACCCUCGCUUUCAUUCAGCUUCUCAGUCUUCUUCCUGGACUAAAGGAUCUUCGACAUUAUCGAGUUGCCCUUUCAUGCCGCUUCCCCGGAACUAGCUAUGAAGGUGACGCAGAUACGAUGAAUCCGCUUCUGUCCACAACAGGGACCGAGGAAGAUUUGAGUACCAACGUGCCGAUAUUAUCAAUUCUUCGCUCACGGCCACCUUCGCCACCAUCGGAACACUGGAUACCUUCGGAGUUGAAGCUUGAGACUUUGUCCGUCUAUAUAGAUGCAGAAUCUCUGCUCCACGUCAUCACACCUUCUAUGUUAUCCGACUUGCAUACUUUGCGCACCCUGUACGUCUUUGAUCGCGGACUUUGGGGCGUUACGUCUAUUAUAGUGCCCACUCUCAAAAAUCUCAUGUUCGAUGUUGAUUUGCAUGGUACGGCGGAUUGGGAGGACCUCGACUUGUCAGGGUGCACCGAACUCCGGUAUCUGACUCUUCUCCAACCAUGGAACAGUGCCCCUCCAGAUUUCGACUUUCCUCCGCCAUCGAUACCAGUAGAAAAUAUCUCCUCAAGUUUGGACGAUACGGAGGGUGCAGUUUAUCCUUAUCGUCCUCCUUCACUGCCAUCGUCAGCCGGAGACAUCCCGCCUAGUCAUACUGGAGCCGACGCAGACUCAGAUUCUGAAGUCGCAUCUGAUUUAGAAGAUGACGAUGAUGAUCCUACGUUUGACCAUAGCGUCCACACUAUUCUAGCUCGUGCUCCACCCAACGUUGAAGAACUCUCGAUCGUCACGUAUUGGCGCAAAUAUAUCGACCCCAUCAGACAUAUACUCUCGUCCUGGAAUUGGACGGCACUCUCUAACUUGCUGACGGAGAAUCGCCCCACCUCAAGACUCUCCGCUUUUGCCACGUCGCUCGUGAUGAAGGUGAGAGUGAAGAGACGGAAAUUAGGUUUGAAGGCUUGGAUGAGACGCUGCAUCAUAUUGUUAAGGCCGGAUUGCCUGGGCUUGACCAAAGGGGCAUCCUGAAGUUCGAUGGGGGCGUCGUCUGAUGCUGAACAUGGUCUGCGUCUCUUAGCCAAAGUAAUUCGUAUGUGUUCUUCGACUCAUGAGUGAUUGAAUAUGCUUCUCGACGCUUCUUGAGCCUUAGACAAAAAUAGGCGCUAUCCGGAUUUUAUUUGGCGGUACAUAUCAAGAAACGUCGACGUGUCUUGACUGUAUUGGCGUCGUCUUGUAUUGCCUCGCUACUAGCAUCCUCAGUUCAUUGUCGGAUUGUACGCAAGUCAUAAACUCUGAUUUCCUGCAGAGAUACUAGUAUGUGUCGUCGAACUAGGUCCUUAACAUAAAAAUCGUACUUCACGGAGAAGAC